AUGUUCACCAGAUCUGUCGCGCGCAAUGUGCCCACCAAGGCCAUCUUCGCUCGACAGACUUUCCGCCAAACAACCGCAACAACAACGCGAGCCUCUUCCACAUCUUCCGGCGCCCGCCCUGAAUCGCCCUUCUACCUGACCCUCGCCGCCUCGGCUGCCACCGCAACCGCCGUCGGUGCCGUGGCAUGGUACUAUCACUUCUAUGGCCAGGAGGCCUUUGCUAUGACGCCAGCUGAAGAAGGGUUACAUCCGACACCAUACCCAUGGGAACACACUAAAUGGACAAAAACAUUCGACCACCAAGCACUCCGCCGUGGCUUCCAGGUUUACCGAGAGGUAUGCAUGGCCUGCCACUCCCUCAGCCGUGUACCAUGGCGCGCAUUCGUCGGCACCAUACACACCGUCGACGAGAUGAAAGCCAUGGCCGAGGAAUACGAGUACGAUACCGAACCCAAUGAUCAGGGCGAAAUCGAGAAGCGACCUGGUAAACUGUCUGACUACAUCCCCGCACCCUACAAGAACGAUGAGGCCGCUCGUGCCGCUAACAAUAGCGCUCUACCACCGGAUUUGAGUUUGAUCGUCAAGGCCCGCCAUGGUGGCUGUGAUUAUAUCUUCAACUUGCUCACUGGGUAUCCCGAUGAGCCACCUGCGGGUGCAUCCGUGCAGGAGGGUUUGAGCUUUAACCCUUACUUCCCCGGAACAGGCAUCGCAAUGGCCCGCGUCCUCUUCGACGGCUUGGUCGAAUAUGAAGACGGCACACCCGCCACCACCUCGCAAAUGGCCAAGGACGUAACCGAAUUCCUAAAUUGGGCGGCAGAACCUGAGAUGGACGAGCGAAAAAAGAUGGGUCUCAAGACCCUCGCCAUCACCGCUAUGCUUACAGCCAUCAGCAUCUGGAUUAAGAGAUACAAAUGGGCCCCUAUCAAGUCGCGGAAGAUCGUGUAUAACCCUCCUGUGGGGAGACCGCCUAUUGGCAAGCGCUAG